AUGUUAAACACCAAAGUGACAGCAGGUUCCAACACAGCCAUGGCGGAGAAUGAGGACUGUGGAGAAGCUCAGGAGAGGAGAGGGAGAUUAACUGCUGUCCUGGCACUGGCAACACUUAUAUCUGCUUUUGGUUCAUCCUUCCAAUAUGGUUACAAUGUGGCAGUGAUCAACUCACCGGCACCGUUAAUGCAGCAGUUCUACAACGCCACCUACCUGGAGCGUUAUGGCACACCAAUGGAGGGGACCUUCCUGACUCUGCUGUGGUCUCUGUCUGUGUCCAUGUACCCUCUCGGAGGCUUCUUUGGCUCUCUGAUGGUGGCCCCUCUCGUCAACAGACUGGGGAGGAAGGGCACCCUCCUCUUUAACAACAUCUUCUCCAUCGUUCCUGCUGUGAUGAUGGGAGUGAGCGAGAUGGCCAGAUCCUAUGAGAUCAUCAUUGUGGCGAGGGUUAUAGUGGGAAUCUGUGCAGGUCUGUCAUCCAAUGUGGUGCCAAUGUAUUUGGGCGAACUCUCUCCAAAGAACCUGAGGGGAGCAAUUGGCAUCAUACCCCAGCUCUUCAUCACCAUUGGUAUCCUCAGUGCCCAGGUGCUGGGUAUAAGAAAUAUACUAGGCAAUAGCACAGGCUGGACCCUCAUGCUGGGUCUGACUGGCAUCCCUGCCCUGAUAGAGCUGCUGCUGCUGCCCUUCUUCCCCGAGAGCCCCAGGUACAUGCUCAUCCAGAAAGGAGAUGAGAAGACUGCGAGGCAAGCACUCCAGCGUCUGCGCGGCUGGGAGGACGUGGAUGGGGAGCUGGCAGAGAUGCGUCUGGAGGAUCAGUCGGAGAGGGCUGAGGGACACCUGUCAGUCGUCACCCUGCUGUCCCAGCGUUCCCUUCGCUGGCAGCUGAUCUCUAUCAUCAUCCUGAACAUGGGCCAGCAGCUGUCGGGGGUCAACGCGAUUUACUACUAUGCAGACAGCAUCUAUGCCUCUGCAGGAGUCAAGUACAACGACAUCCAGUACGUCACGGUGGGAACAGGGGCCGUGAACGUCUUCAUGACCAUAGCUGCUGUCUUCAUCGUGGAGGCCACAGGACGGUGGCUGCUCCUUCUCUGUGGCUUUGGGAUCUGCUGUGGAUCCUGUGUGCUGCUCACCAUCGCUCUCAACCUGCAGGCGAGUGUGUCUUGGAUGCCCUAUGUCAGCAUAGCCUGUGUCAUCAUCUACGUCAUAGGACAUGCCAUAGGACCCAGUCCUAUUCCUUACGUGGUGACCACUGAGAUGUUCAGGCAGUCAUCCAGGCCAGCUGCCUUCAUGGUGGCAGGGUCUGUCCACUGGCUGUCCAACUUCACUGUGGGUCUGGUUUUCCCGUUCCUAGAGAGUGGCCUGGGCCCCUACAGCUUCAUCAUUUUUUCCCUCGUCUGCUUGGUCACACUGGUGUACAUCUGGCUGAUAGUCCCAGAAACCAAGAACAAGACCUUCCUGGAGAUUAGCCAGAUGUUUGCCAAGAGGAACAAAGUGGAGAUCAAACUGGGCGACGGGGACCUGCCACUGAAAGAGAGCAAAGACAGCCUAGAGGAUGUGGUGAAGGUCACUGCCUUCUGAAGAAAAAUGAACUCAUUCAGAGGAAAGGAAGUCUCCCCUCUAGGGGGGACUUGUAAUGGACUGGAAAUGUUUUCAUUUAGCCUCUAUUUUUACAUCAAAUCUCUGCACAGUCUUGUUUCAUUGUUUAU